AUGUACUCCAAAAAGUUGGCGUUACCGUCUACCGAAAAUAAGAUAGAUGCAAUGCUCACCAAGCCGGUUUCGUUGAAAAGUAUUCGGAAAAGAAGCGCACCUCUUGUCGAAGUUCAAAACAACUAUCAAGUAGCGAUUGUCGAUCACGAGAGAACGAAUUCGAAGCGACCUUCUACGAAUUUCGACGCAAGAUUUAUCGAGUGGCAGAAAGAAGCUGAAAGGCGAACACAAAGUCACGAUUUCGAGUGUGAUCAAUAUGCUGAAAAUUUCGACAAGAUUCUUCGUCAAGCAUUUAGCAGAGUACGUCGGCACGGGGCGUUGUUAAGAUUAGGAUAUCGUUCAUGA